AUUAAGUACGGUAUAUAUACAUAUUUGAUAUGGGGUAAUUUUUAGGAACGAUUUUGUGAAAAUCUUGAAAAGAAUCGGAAGAUCACGUGACCAGCUGUUCUAAUUUUAAUCAGGCGAUACCAUGUUGCACCUAGCGCUGGGGGAGGCCUGCCAGCCUGUAUAUGCUGGACGAGCUGCGGCCUUGAGACAGACUGAUCAAGAAAUUUUCCGCCUGCAGCCGCCGAAGUCCCCUUUUCCACUGCCGGAACAAAGUUCCGACUCCGAAGGAGCAAACUUGAUCGUUAUUCCGCCGAAAAUGUCAAGCAAAGCACAAAUUGAGACGAUCCCAUGUAAAAUCUGUGGGGACAAGUCUUCUGGGAUACACUAUGGAGUCAUUACUUGUGAGGGCUGCAAGGGCUUCUUCAGACGGAGUCAACAGAACAACGCGGCCUACUCCUGUCCCCGGAACAAGAACUGCCAGAUCGACCGGACCAACAGAAACCGCUGCCAGCACUGCAGACUGCAGAAAUGCCUUGCCCUCGGCAUGUCUAGAGAUGCGGUGAAGUUUGGCCGAAUGUCCAAGAAGCAAAGAGACACAUUGUACAUGGAGAUCUUACGGCAACAGAAAGAGCAGGGCAAGACGAACGAGGCCGAGGCCACGUAUAUCCCCUCCCCCCCAGCCACAACAAAACCAGCAUUCCCCUACGAGCCGCAGUACCCCCUGCCUGACACCUCCGCAGAAAUACCCCCCAAGAUGAUCAAGCCCCCCAACAACGGGCUCUCCAACGGACUUGCUUACGCCAUGAUCACAGAGGGAGAAAUAUUGCAGAUCACAUUUGACAUCACAGAAGCCUACCAGAAAACUACAAAGUACACCAUCAGUGACAUCCAGUCCCUCUGGUCGGAGUAUCAUACAGAGUUAACGGCUCAGAAGUACCGCAGCAUGCCUCGGGUGGACUUUUGGAAGUUCUGUGCGGAGCAGAUCACAGGCUGUAUCCAGAUGGUGGUGGAGUUCGCCAAGAACAUCCCUGGAUUCAUGGACUUGUGUCAAAAUGACCAGAUUAUCCUACUGAAGACAGGCUGUUUUGAGAACUUGUUAGUGCGCAUGAGCAGAGAAAUCAACCCCAACACGAAUGCAGUUCUGUUCGACGGGAAAUUUGCAAGCAUUGAUUUCUUCUCCAUACUCGGUGUGAAUGACCUGGUGUCGUCCAUGUAUGACCUGGGAAGGAGUGUGUGUCUGCUGAAGCUGACUGAACAGGAACUCGCCCUCUUCUGCGCUGUCGUCCUCGUGUCAGCAGACCGACCGGGCCUACGUGAGCCCAUGGCAGUGGAGAAACUUCAGGAGAAGAUAAUCCAGGCUCUGAGGUACCAGGUGUCGCAGACCCACCCGGCCGAGCCUUCCUUCCUCGCCAAGAUCCUGAUGAAGAUGCCCAACCUUCGCUCGGUGGCCGCUCGUCACAUGGAGGAACUGGCCGCUCUGAAGAUGCAGAGCCCCAGCCUCCCCGAGUUCCCUCCCCUGUACAAGGAACUGUUCAUGCCCCCUGAACCAGUCCAGAACACGCUUGGUGGGGAACACGCACUUCACCCACACCACCACAUGCUCGCAUAGAAACUCUCGCUCGCGAUAGUAGUACUUGGUAUGCGGUAAUUAAGCUCUUCAUAUAGCUUUAAUGCUCUGUGUAUAUAUAUAUUACAGUGAUUUGUAACUUUGCUGAAAAUAAUCAUGCUUUUUUCGCUUAUAGUUUGCUUAUAUUAGGCUGAUGUGCUACUAUGGCGUCCGCCUUGGUUUUAUUACCUUUAAAUUGCUGAUUGCUAGCAAGCUUAAGAUAAUCAGGCAACUGAUUUAGUUGUUCUAGAGGCUUGAUCAGGUGCUUUAUACUACAUGUACAGUCCUCAAUUGUAUAUUCCCAGCACAUUUUAACCCCUUUGUUCUCUGUUUGUUGUUAGAAAUAGACCCACCACCGGGCAGGUAUUGGGCCAGAUGUUUACAUCAAAUCGUUCCAAACGCACAAGAACAUAUACAAGGAGCAUGUCUCGUCUCCAGCCCAUGGCAAGACAUGCCCCUUCCUCAAACCUUGCUGCUCAGGGUAUAGAGAUCUAGUCCACAAGUUAAAAAACCGUCAAACCUCAAGAUAUUAUAAGUGUAGCUCCCGAUCCACAGUUUAACGUCAAGCCGCAGCUUGCCUCAAGUCCAGGUGAAUUGUAGUGGUCAUCAUUAUUACUACAUGAAUAAUAGACAGUCUUGUUUGCACGCGCACAAAUGACAGCAGUGAAAAAAUAACUGACAUAUACACUGUAUCAUACAUAAGAGAGUGUAUACAAGUUUUCCUUUUUGCUGGCUGGUUUCAAAUAGUCUUCUAUUUUGCACUAACCCUACCUCAGUCUUGUGCGAAGCGGAUCCAUACAGGACCUACCAGGAAACCUCUCGAAGUCAGGAAAAGGAGGGGGUUGCUUCUCCACAGCUACAGAGUUCAGUUUCAGAGGGAAGCUCACAGCUCUGAAAAUGACUCGGUAGUUGUCGGUGGAAGCAACGGUCCACAACGGAAAGAAGACCCACACUUGGGAUGAGAAGAUGACAACUUCUCGGAAGAUAUUCUCUGGAACACACACUCCAGAGUUUGCUGCUGUCACACGCACAAUUAUGACAGUGAUAUACUAUAGAAAUAUACAUAAGGUACAUGUAUGUAUAGAAUAUAUAUUUGUGAUGCAUAAAGAGCCAACCAAAAUAGGACCAUUUGUUACCAGCAUGCAACGUUAAAAAUAUGAUAGAACUGCUGUCAGCUGUGCACUUGCAUUCUGGUGGGACAAAAAAAUCUUUGUUAAUUUUAUAUAUAUAUAUAAAAUAUAUAAAUAUAUAUUAAUAUGGAUAAAUGGGAGAGUGGAUUUCGUUGUAAUCAGUAUACCAAAUAUGGCU